CUUCUUCCGGAAUUGUACAUUGUGAUCAUACCGGUUUCAACAAUAAUUCUGACCUUGAACUUUCAUCUCUUCUCGUGGGCUACGGAAAAAGAAACCGGUAAACACACAGAAUGGCUGAACCCCUGAGAGUCCUCGUUACCGGAGCUGCUGGUCAGAUUGCCUAUUCCCUCCUUUACUCAGUAGCCAGGGGAGAUGUCUUUGGCAAGGACCAGCCAAUCAUUUUGGUUCUGCUUGAUAUUGCUCCCAUGAUGGAGGUACUGAAUGGUGUCGUCAUGGAGCUGAUGGACUGUUCUCUCCCUCUUCUCGCACAGGUGAUCCCCUCCUGUGAUGAGAAGGAGGCAUUUAAGGACGUAGAUGUGGCUAUGUUGGUGGGGGCCAUGCCUCGCCGAGAGGGAAUGGAGAGGAAGGACCUCCUGGCUGCCAAUGUUAAGAUCUUUAAGUCUCAGGGCCAGGCCAUUGAUAAAGUGGCCAAGAAGAAUAUCAAGGUGGUGGUGGUAGGAAAUCCAGCCAACACCAAUGCUUACAUCUGUAAGAAGUAUGCCCCCUCCAUCCCUCCCCAGAACUUCACUGCCCUAACAAGGCUGGACCAAAACAGGGCUCAGGCACAGGUGGCGGCCCGUUUAGGGGUCCCUAACAGUGCUGUACGUAAUUGUGUGAUUUGGGGGAACCAUUCCUCCACUCAGUAUCCAGAUCUGACCUACGCCGUUGUCAACAUAAAGGGGGAGGAAGUCAAGGCUCGCGAGGCCAUCAAGGAUGAUAACUGGGUCAAGAACGAGUUUGUCAAGACAGUCCAACAGAGAGGAGCCGCUGUGAUCAAAGCCAGGAAGUUAUCCAGCGCAAUGUCUGCCGCUAAAGCUAUCGUGGACCAUGUACAUGACUGGUGGUUUGGAGUUCCUGAGGGUAAUAUGGUGUCUAUGGCUGUUCCCUCUGAUGGUUCCUAUGGCAUUGAGGAGGGGUUGAUCUACAGCUUCCCCGUCCGUACUAAACCUGACCACACUUACGAGAUUAUCAAGGACUUGCCAAUUGACGAUUUCUCCCGAGAGAAGAUGGACAUCACCAUGAAGGAGUUGGUGGAUGAGAAAAACAUGGCAAUGGCUGCCUGUCAGGAUUGACCACCCGCCAGACUCUAACCCCCCGUGUGUUUCUAGUGGUGACAGAUAAUUAUUAGUAAUAAGUAUAUGUGGAUGUUCCUAGAACACACUGUGACUUGUUGUAGCUGCUUUUUUGUUCCAUGCCAGCUUUACUAAUAAACCUCUUGUAUAGCCCAGCCUCCAUACUUCAUGGUCAAUGACAACUCUUUGUAUAAAUAAUAGACAUAUAAAAAGUUUGAUGUGUUUUUAGUGGGACUUCUGUUUGGCAGCUUUUUCUUUUUUGAAUAAAGAUGUAUAAUGAUUUAUUGGAGAACAGAGAAUGUGUAAUUAUAUGAUUUUACUUAUACUGGGAAGUGCCAUUGCUAAUCAUCAGAUUAGGAAGAUAUUCAAUUAAAUGCACCAUUAAUAAAAAAGGCUCUGUGUUCAAA